AGUGUGAUAUGGUGCUGGGAGAUAUAACCUCUAAAAUGCAGAAUAUCAAACUUGUAGUUGUCGGUGACGGUGGAGUUGGGAAGAGUUGUCUUUUCAUUACUUACACUACGGGGAAUUUCCCGAGUGAGUACGUCCCGACGGUGUUUGACAACUACAGCUCGUACGUCAUGGUCGACGGCAAGCCUAUAAACCUGGGUCUGUGGGACACUGCCGGGCAGGAGGACUAUGACCGGAUCCGCCCCCAGUCCUACUUUCGGACCGACGUGUUCCUGGUGUGUUUUGAUAUAAAGAACAGAGACUCCUUCGAGAACAUCCGUGAGAAGUGGUACCCUGAAGUACAGCACCACUGCCCGAACACGCCAAAAGUAAUCGUCGGCUGCAAGACAGAUUUACGUCGAGGCGUCGAAGAUAAGACAGCAGUGUCCUAUGAAGAAGGCUCAGCAUUAGCUAAGUCACUUGGAAUGCAGUACUUUGACACUAGUGCUCUGGCUUUGACGGGGCUGAAGGAGUGUUUAGAGGGAGCCAUCAGAUUUGCAUUGAACCGACCUGCUGCCCCGAAGCGAAUGAUGUUCGGGAGAUCCAAGAAACCAAUGCCUCUCCCACCAGUCAUGCCGCCGGCAGGCCUGGCCCCGUGGACGGAUAUAGAGACGUCCAAGUUUGCUGAAGACUGGUACCAGCUCCUGGAGGACCCCAAGCUCUCGGACGUCACCUUCCUCCUGGGGGACAGGCAUGAACUGGACGCCCACAAGCUCCUGUUGUCCUCAGCCUCAAAGUUCUUCGCCCAAAUCCUGCAGCUGCCAUUUACUAGAAAGACCAACCAACUGGCAAAGGUCAAGGGGACAGAGGCCAUGACCCGAGAGGACCUCAACUCUGGCAAGGUGGAGGGCAUCACCUUUGUGUUCGACACAGACUGUAAGACAAAGCCAGGUCACGUGACUAUUCAGCUCAGCGCUGACAUCCCUGCAACCACAUUCACACACGUGCUGGAGUUCCUCUAUACGGGAACUGCCCGGCUGCCGGAUGACGUCAGUGAUGACCGCCUGUUAGACCUCAUCAGGGUGGCCAAGAUCUUUAAACUUCCCAAGCUGGUGACGAUUUGCCGCAACGUGUUGAACGAGGAAGACUUCCUCAACCCAAGCAUCGGCACCUUCCUCAACGACGAGACGGCGGCCAAGAUGAAGGAGCUCUAUUUCAACCAACCAGAUGCAGCUGAUGUCGUUUUCGACAUUGGAGGGAUCGAGGUGUACGCGCACAAGGUUGUCCUCAUGUCUCGAUGUGACGUCAUGGCCGCCAUGUUUGGCGGUACUUUCAUUGAGGCUUUUCAGUCUGGAAUGUGCAAGGUGAAGAUUCCAAACACAAGCUACGAGUGUUUCCUCGCGUUAUUGGAGUAUAUCUACACAGACCACGCCCCGAUUGAAGGUGGUGAUGCGGUCGGGAUAUUAGUCCUGGCGGAUGAAUACUGUCAACCUCGCCUCGUGAACCUGUGUGAGUUGUACAUCACCAAGGAAGUUGACCGGAGCUGUACCAAGAACAUCGAGAAGUCCGACAUUGACGUCAUCGGACUCCUGCUGACAGCACAGCUCCACAACGCUGCGCAGCUGUCCAAAUGGUGCCUGCACUUCAUCUCGUCCAACUACAUAGCGUUCUCCCAGAGGUCAGAGUUUAUCAUGUUAAAAGGCGAUAACGAGGUGUACGUGGAAGAGAACCGAUGGCCGCCAGCGGCCUACCUCAACGAAGUGGAUGAGUAUGAGAAGAAGGUGUCCAAACUAGGAGGAACAUGUUCAGUCAUGUGAACAAUUUCAUAAACAGACUCUGACGUCACAAGAAGCUUGAGCUGCCAGAGUAAUCACCCGGAAAUUACUUUCAUCACUUGACGUCAUGGGAAGCGAUUGUUUUGUCAGCCUCGGUUUGGUUUGCGUGAAACACAUUCAGCACGAAGAGGCAGAAAAACCACCUGUUCCCCACCUUCGUCACCGCUCGUCCCUUUCCGUGACCAUCACGAAGCUAUUCGGCUUGUCCCGGAAUAACACGAGUUGGUCACGAAUGCCGACACAUGACGUAUUUUCAACAGUUGUCACGGGUGUUGAAACUUUGGAUUGAAAGCUGAAAUAUGGCUCUGAUAUGGUUGCUUUGAGUAAUGUCACCCAAUGUCCUAAUGAGUUGUGAUUUCUGUUCGUAUAUUGCGCCUUAGGCGCGACAAUUCCAUGUGCAGAAACCUAUGUCACAAAGGCAUCUCAGAAACCUAUGAUCGUGUGUGAGAAUUGGUCCCCAGGUCCACAGCAUAAGAGCCGGGUACAAUGAUGACAGGGCUUUCAAGACGCCACAGAGCAAGAAACCUAUGAUCUUGGGUUCGAAUCCACUAUUCCCCUUGAUUAUGUUUCUAGGUUUGUCGACACCAUACCCGUGCUCGUGGGUAUCUCAAAAGCGGUAAACUUAUGGCGCCACUUCAUAUUUUUCUCCCACAUCAAGUUGACACGCCGAUAUAUAUCUGAAAUACUGUUGAAUGCGAUGGUCAACCCAACUCAAUCACUCACUUGGAUAAUAUAGAUACGUAUUAAGGUGUUGGCACACGAUGUAUUCUAUGCUCAAAGUAUGUGUUAACUGUUGUAUUUUACCCUAGUUACAUAUAUACAUGUAUAUAGUCGCAAUAAACAUGAAUAAAUAAUCACGAGGUGUUGUGUAACCUAUUAGCCCAAUAAUAGGUCCGCAUGUUUUGUAA